AUGUCCUUCGCCAUGCUGCGCUCGGCGCCGCCGGGCCGCUACCUGUACCCCGAGGUGAGCCCGCUGUCGGAGGACGAGGACCGCGGCAGUGAGAGUUCGGGCUCCGACGAGAAGCCCUGCCGCGUGCACGCAGCGCGCUGCGGCCUCCAGGGCACCCGGAGGCGGGCCGGGGGCAGGCGGGCGGGGGGCGGCGCCCCGGGGCCCGGUGGGCGGCCGGGCCGAGAGCCCCGGCAGCGGCACACAGCGAACGCGCGCGAGCGGGACCGCACCAACAGCGUGAACACGGCCUUCACGGCCCUGCGCACGCUCAUCCCCACGGAACCGGCCGACCGCAAGCUCUCCAAGAUCGAGACGCUGCGCCUGGCCUCCAGCUACAUCUCGCACCUGGGCAACGUGCUGCUGGUGGGCGAGGCCUGCGGCGACGGGCAGCCGUGCCACUCGGGGCCUGCCUUCUUCCACGCGGCGCGCCCAGGCAGCCCCCCGCCGCCGCCCCCACCGCCCCCCACCCGCGACGGCGAGAACGCCCAGCCCAAACAGAUCUGUACCUUCUGCCUCAGCAACCAGAGAAAGUUGAGCAAGGACCGAGACAGAAAGACUACGAUUCGGAGCUAG